CAUUGGAACCCUAGGCACACAAGCCACAGGCAAAUCCGCCGCCCUCCACCGGUCACCCUCUUGGCUAUCGAGCAGGCGGCGCUGGCGGAGGUACGGUGGACGGCAGUUGUUGCCUCAAUGUAGCUUUGUGCCACACCCUACUUUUAGUUCGUCCUCCGCCACUGCCGGCGAUGAAGCCUACCUCACGGAAGCGCGGCCCGCUAGCGCCGGACCCGGUGGAGCUGCUGCCGCCUGGCUUCGUGGCCAACCGAGCUGAUGCCGCGGCACGCGUCGAGCGGCUGCUGCGCUACCAGUUCCGCGACCGCCGCCUGCUGGAGGAGGCUCUCACGCACCAGUCCUUCGCCGACAACAGCACUGUCUCCUACCAGAGGCUCGAGUUCGUCGGGGACUCGGCGCUCGGCCUCGCGUUCUCCAACUACCUCUACCUCACCAACCCCAGCCUGGGCCCUGGCCCGCUCUCCACUCUCCGCGCCGCCAACAUCUCCACCGAGAAGCUCGCGCGCGUCGCGGUGCGCCACGACCUCUACCCGCUGCUCCGCCGCAACUGCCCCCGCCUCGAUCUCCUCGUAGGUCAGUUUAUUGAAACAGUGAAGCAAGAACCAGAGGAUGAUCUUGGUACUGUACCUUAUGGUGGUAGUGUUGUCAAGGCCCCCAAGGUCCUUGCUGAUAUUGUUGAGGCCAUUGCUGCUGCUGUCUAUGUUGAUUGCAAAUUUGAUCUUGAGAAGCUCUGGAAGGUCACAAGGUGGUUGUUUGAGCCGAUUAUCACAGCAGAAACAAUAGAUGAGCAACCCGUGACUAUGUUGCAUGAGCUAUGCCAGAAACAUGCGAAGACAGCACAAUUCAAGACAUGGCAAAAGGGUGGGACGACGGUGGUCAAUGUAUUUGUUGGCAGGGAGCUGGUUGGUAUUGGUUCAUCAGAGCAGAAGGUAAUUGCUAAGCUCAAUGCUGCUCGGGAUGCAUUAGGUAAGCUUGCAGGUGUAAAGCAGCAAGUGUUAACAACUGGGGUUGGCAGCGGAUUGGGUGAUGGGGUUGGAGAGCUUAGAGAGUGCAAACAGAAGCUUAAUGAGCAAUGCAGCAGGAAGAAUUGGCCAAAGCCUAUCUUUAAGUUAGAGAAGGAAGAUGGCCCUGCACAUGAAAGGAAAUUCGUUUGCUCUGUUCAGGUAGAAACCACGGAUCAUAAUUUUGUAACAAUAGGCGAUGCAAUGUCGAGAGUCAAAGAUGCGGAGAAUUCUGCUGCACAGAAGAUGUUGGAAGUUAUAUUGAAAUUUUGAGCCCUUUUCUUGUACAUGACUGGUUUGUAUAUCUUGACAUCUUUACCUGCGAGCCACCGAUGGAAACUGCGGAAAGAGCGUUGACAGCUGUAUUUUUGUUUUGUGUUCUGCUUUUCCUUUGGUCGAUUCCUGUAUUCUUAAUCAUCAACUGACUUCCAAUUAAUGAAGCCACACAAAAAAACCUAACUAGCUUGGGACGCA